GCGGUCUGCCGGCGCCCCGGCACACACCGAGCGCUGGAGGCUCCGUCGCGCCGCCUGCCAAGCCGGGAUCUACCGCCGCGUCGUUUCGGCCCCGUCUUUCUUCUCCUCUCCGCAUCGUCCGCUUCCUUCGCUCUCGGAGAAUUGUCUGCGUUCCGUGCGAAUUUGGGAUUAUUUUUUCCACGGGGGGUGUCAAGGCAUCCCGCCCUCCCGCGCCGCCUGCUCCACCUGCCCUUGCGCCUUUCUUCUUCUUUCCCCCCGCCUGCCUCUCCGCCGAGCCCGGGCUGAUGUGCUGUGCGAGAGGCUGGAAAUGGAAGUGUUGAUGCUCUGGCUUUUCCCCUGGAUAUUUCAGUGCGUUUCCGUGCGGGCGGACUCCAUCAUCCACAUCGGUGCCAUUUUUGAGGGCAAUGCUGCCAAGGACGACGAGGUGUUCAAGCAGGCGGUGUCGGAUCUGAACCUCAAUGACGAUAUCCUCCAGAGCGAGAAAAUCACCUACUCCAUCAAGCUCAUAGAGGCCAACAACCCCUUCCAUGCGGUGCAGGAAGCCUGUGACCUGAUGACCUUGGGGAUCUUAGCCUUGGUGACAUCCACAGGUUGUGCCUCAGCCAACGCCCUACAGUCCCUGACGGAUGCCAUGCACAUCCCACAUCUCUUUGUGCAGCGCAGCACAGGAGGCUCCCCACGCACGGCCUGCCACCUGAACCCCAGCCUGGAGGAGGAGGAGUACACGCUGGCUGCCCGGCCACCGGUCCGCCUCAAUGAUGUGAUGCUGAAAUUGGUCACUGAGCUGCGGUGGCAGAAAUUCAUCGUCUUUUAUGACAGCGAUUAUGAUAUACGUGGACUGCAGGGAUUUCUCGAUCAGGCCUCCAGGCUGGGACUUGAUGUGUCAUUACAAAAAGUGGACAGGAACAUCAGCAGAGUCUUUGCCAACCUUUUCACUACAAUGAAAACAGAAGAGCUGAACCGCUAUCGGGACACAUUACGAAGGGCUAUCUUACUCCUAAGCCCGCGAGGAGCCCAGACUUUUAUUAACGAGGCUGUGGAAACCAACCUCGCAUCAAAAGAUAGUCACUGGGUCUAUGUAAAUGAGGAAAUCACUGAUAAUGAAAUAUUAGAGUUGGUACAUAGCGCUCUUGGGAGGAUGACAGUUAUCCGGCAGAUUUUCCCUCUCUCAAAGGACAACAAUCAGAGGUGCAUGAGGAACAAUCACCGAAUAUCAUCACUGCUCUGUGAUCCACAGGAAGGCUAUCUUCAGAUGCUACAGGUUUCCAACCUGUACCUGUAUGACAGUGUGCUCAUGCUAGCCAAUGCUUUCCACAGAAAACUGGAGGACAGGAAAUGGCACAGCAUGGCAAGUCUGAAUUGCAUGAGGAAAUCCACCAAACCUUGGAACGGAGGCCGAUCCAUGCUUGAGACUAUUAAGAAGGGCCAUAUAACUGGACUUACUGGUGUUAUGGAGUUCAGAGAAGAUGGCGCCAACCCCUAUGUUCAGUUUGAAAUACUGGGCACUAGCUACAGUGAAACAUUUGGCAAAGAUGUCCGGAGGUUGGCAACGUGGGACUCUGAGAAAGGGCUGAAUGGUAGCCUGCAAGAACGACGUCUGGGAAGUGAUUUACAAGGACUGACACUCAAAGUGGUGACUGUCUUGGAAGAACCUUUUGUGAUGGUGGCGGAGAACAUACUUGGGCAACCAAAACGUUACAAAGGAUUUUCCAUUGACGUCCUGGAUGCACUGGCCAAGAAUCUGGGCUUCAAAUAUGAGAUAUAUCAAGCUCCUGAUGGGAAAUAUGGACACCAGCUUCAGAAUGGCUCUUGGAAUGGCAUGAUUGGAGAACUUAUUAACAAGAGAGCAGAUCUAGCAAUUUCAGCCAUCACUAUAACACCUGAACGAGAGAGUGUUGUGGACUUCAGCAAGCGGUACAUGGACUAUUCAGUGGGAAUCUUGAUCAAGAAGCCUGAAGAGAAAAUCAACAUCUUCUCUCUCUUUGCUCCUUUUGACUUUGCGGUUUGGGCUUGCAUUGCUGCUGCCAUCCCUAUAGUUGGCGUCUUGAUAUUUGUCUUGAACCGGAUCCAGGCAGUCAGGGCACAGAAUGCCUCCCAGCCAAGCCCUUCUGCCUCCUCCACCCUGCACAGUGCCAUCUGGGUUGUGUACGGCGCUUUUGUUCAGCAAGGGGGUGAAUCUACUGUCAAUUCUGUGGCUAUGCGCAUUGUGAUGGGAAGCUGGUGGCUUUUCACCCUUAUCGUGUGCUCAUCCUACACAGCAAACUUAGCAGCAUUUCUCACAGUAUCAAGGAUGGAUAAUCCUAUAAGAACAUUUCAGGAUCUGUCUAAACAAAUGGAUAUAUCUUAUGGCACAGUCAGAGACUCAGCAGUGUAUGAAUACUUUAAAGCAAAAGGAACAAACCCUCUGGAGCAGGAUAACACAUUUGCUGAACUGUGGAGGACAAUAAGUAAGAAUAAUGGGGCAGAUAAUUGUGUAUCAAACCCUUCUGAAGGCAUCAGGAAGGCAAAGAAAGGAAAUUAUGCAUUCCUGUGGGAUGUGACAGUGGUGGAAUAUGCUGCGCUGACAGAUGAUGAAUGCUCUGUGACAGUCAUUGGUAACAGCAUCAGCAGCAAAGGAUACGGGAUUGCACUGCAGCACGGAAGCCCCUACAGAGAUCUUUUCUCCCAGAGGAUCUUAGAGUUGCAAGAAAGUGGAGAUUUGGAUGUUCUUAAACAAAAAUGGUGGCCACGGAUGGGACGUUGUGACCUGAAUAGCCACACAAAUGCACAGACAGAUGGGAAGGCUCUCAAGCUGCACAGUUUUGCAGGCGUUUUCUGCAUUUUAGCAAUAGGCCUUCUUCUUGCCUGCUUGGUGGCAGCAUUGGAGUUGUGGUGGAACAGCAACCGUUGUCAUCAAGAAACACCGAAAGAGAGCAGGUACAGCAUGGGCAGCAGCAGUGCAAACUUCCCCACAUUGCCCCACCAAUGUGCCUCAACCCUGACCUGGAGAGACCACCUUUAGGGGUAAGAGAGUAGUUCAGAAACAUGCCCUUGGCCUCUCUGCUGUGAGUGACAGGGAGGCCAGCCAUGGGCACCUAGUUAUGCCAACUGCGGUGACGUUUUCUCUGAUCUAAGACCCCAUCCACUGGCUGUGAGAACCAUGUCCAUCUUGCACAGGCUAGGCAGCUGCCAGCAGCUGGUGGUUGUUUUCCUUCAUGGCUGACUUAAGCUGAGUUUGAUGAAGUACAUGAGUAAUUAAAAAGAAACCAUCUACUUAUUACUGAAUAAGCCAUAUUGCCAUGACACUGUUUAAAUGCUUCCUUUCCUUUGAAAUCAGAUAUAUUUCUAAACCUAGGGACCUCUGACUAAACUGAAUUUCAUGUGACAUUUUACUUAGGAACAUACGUCUGAGAAUGUCUUGUUUUUGAAAUGUUUUGCCACAGUAGUAAUAGUUAGCAAUGGUAUGAUAGAAUAAUCAAUCCAUAGUCAAAUCUGUCUUGCAUGAAACCUGUAUUUGUUUACAUAGCUUAAAUGUUUAACAAACUAACCCCUUUUAAUUUUUGAAGCAGAGGCAUUUGUAGGUGCUUUCAUCUUGGAACAGAUGUUUGUUACAAGCAAAUAAUAGCAGCGAGCUGCACUACAGCUGGAAAAUAGUACAUAGCCCAUCAAUUACAAUCUAUGUUUCUCAGAUUGCCAGGAGUAUUACAAUAAUUGACAUACACAUCACCUGUAAGCAAUUCUGCCAAAUGGGAUCUGAUGAUAUAUGUCGCAGUAUGCAAUGCUGUGAAAUAUUUAUCAGUAAGAUUCCAUUUCUCUGAGUUCCUGCUUCUCCCAUUUGAACUCAUCCAUCAAGUGUCAGUGAUAAACAUCUGUAUCGUGUUUGAGGGACAAAGCUGCAAAGUCACUUGCCUGUGGCUCUGCAGUAUACAAUAGCAAAAGAGAGAUUUCGGUUUAAAGGAGGCAUGUCUCCACUUUGUACAACGCAGCACUCCAAAAGCAGCCAGAGAAAGCACACGUAGACGGUCUUGCACGGAAACAAGCUUUUGUAUGAAUGUAAAUACGUGUUUAAUUGUUCUUUGGUUAAAUAAUGUGGUAUUUUGCCCUGCUGCCUUGUAGAAUUCAAUCCAUGUUAGUGUAACCAAGGCCUAAAUCAUAGCAGUAGACAGUUCUGUUCCCACAGUGAAAGCCUGGCAGGGUAAGGGGCAAGGAGACUGAAGGGUCCUAAUAUUACAUAUAGAGCAUUUGUCUUGCCAUAGUCUGGAGCACCUUCCUCUCUCUGCACUCAGAGGCUCACCCUUGUGCAUUUUUCUGGUGUGAGAUGAACAUAUGCCCCAAAGGCAGGGUUUCAUACAGGUAGGAUGAAAAAAUCAGUCACUUUUAUUGCAAGGACUUGUAAAUACUUUGUUUCCAUUGCUGAGGAAGGAUCUGUCUUCCUGACUUUAUAUAUUUCCUUCAUGCCUAUCACCUUCAUUUCUCUUUUUUAGCCGUUACAGAGAUUACUACAGAUCCCUGUCUUUACUGUCUUUUCUCCCCUUCCCAUUUCCCUCCUCCUUCCCCUUCCCUCCACUGUUCUCUAGAUUAAGGGUGCUCCUCACAUCCUCCUUGACAGUUUUCAUGAUGAACAAUAAAAUACAUUCAAGAUUCCAUCUUUCAAACUAUACUGCAGUUACCGGUAUGAUAAAGCUGCACUCAGGAACAUCACCUGUGUGUGGGAAUGAGCAUAGCAGGUGUAGGUUAAGCAGUACAAACUAAAGUCAGGCAUAACAUGCAUGAACAGGCUCAGAAAAGACUGGUCUUCGUGGGUGCUGCCGAGAGAGGGAACAGCCAGUGGGAUUCCUGGAACAAGCAGGUGUUAGAGCUGAAAGAGAAAGUGAGUGUUCCAGACAGAAGGGCACCAGGGAUGAGGGUUCACAGAUGUGAGAAGGCAGAGGAGGAAAGCAUAAGAAUGCCAUAAGGGGCAGACAGGGUUGUACAUCACAGAGGGUUCCGAAAGAGGGCAGCUUGGUGCAGUGAAGUGCAGGAGGCCAAAAGCAUCUCUGGAAAAGGUCAGAGGAGCUGGAGAGAAGAGUGCCCAUAAAAUAUGCUUGGAUAAAGUAGUGGAAGAAUGUUGCAAGCAUUUCUCAGUAGAUUUUUGCAAAAAUUGCAUUUCAGUAGAUUAGUUAAUAGAGAUCUUUAUGUAUUAGUGAGGACAAACUAAAGGGAGGUUACUGAUAACUACAGUAGGUGAUAGGAACCACGGCUUAGAAGAGAUGGUGGCAUGCAAAUUGCUUGAGGAUUUUCAAUGUAUCUUAAGGAGAUCCAAGGGCCCCAGGGACCCCUCUGUUUGAGCCACACAGGUCAGGAGCAAUAACUGGACUGUGGGGACUGAAAGCAAACAGUGGAUUUGAUUUCAAGGAGCUUAUUUAGGGAUAUCUCUUUUCUGUAACUACAUGUUAUCCAUCAUUUCUACAGCGAUGGCCAGAGCUGCAACAUGCAUAUCAUAUAUAAAACAUUAAAGCCAGCAUCUGAUACUCAGUUCAGUAACAGCUGCCAACUUAAGCCAUUCUGCUUAUUUCCUUUUUCUUCUGCUUUUUUUUUUUUUUUUUUUUUUUCAGUGUAGCUUUGGAAAAACCUGAGUAUUGUGAUAUCACCUAAAAAUGUGGGGAAAUAGAUUUUCUCCUGACCAUUUUUGCCUGUGCAGAGCAUGUGAAAGGUCACAGAAUGGGCUGAUUCCCUUGCGGCCAAAUAUUACACUUAGGCUUUGGUAGUCACCUCAUGCAGAAAAAGAACAGCAUUCUCUGCAAUCACCAUUAUAAGUAAAAAGAGGCAGUGUGGCUACUGUGACCCUUAAACUGCUAGGAAAUUUGUACAUCGAUUGUAGAAAAGUGGUUUUGGGAUUGAUUGAGGAGCCGAUAUAACUUGCUGAGCCCCCUUAGAAGUUCCUCUCUUUGGCUUGACCCACAUGGUAGACCAUCAUGCUAAUCUGGUGCCAACUAGAAAAACAUAGAAAUAUUGGGAAGAUGAAUUUGUGACCACUCUGACAGGUUUAUGAUAGGGUUGGGCAACUGUGCAGUUCGCCAGAGAAAAAGAGAGCAUUUUAGAGGCUGUCAUUUUUUCCUUUGGGGUUUGGUGUGAAGUCUGUGGCCACAAGAACCUGGACAACAUUCAUUAGCAUUGGAGAAAUAUUUUCAGCUGGUAUUAAGGUGUCCUUGUAUUUUCCUCUUCCCCUUUGUAUUCCUUUGGCUUUUGUAGAGGUCAUUUGGAGCCAAUCCACUGAGGUAUUCAAGGGCUUGGAGCUCUGUGUGAUACAAAUCACAACUCUUAAUUAAAAUUAGUGUAAAAAACGUAGUGUUAGCUAGGGGAACUAUUUUUUGAACCCUGACACCAUAACUUGGACUUUACAAAUGCAGAUCAUUUUCAUGUCAGAGACUUUAUAGGAAGCACUAUGUCAGAUAGAGUACUUCUAAUUGGAAAUCCUUUGUUCCUUUUUUUUUCCCCUACUUUUUUCUUCUGUUUUUACACUACCAAAAAAAAAAAAAAAAUCCAUCUUCCAAAAUUAAGCAAAUUACAUAUUUUCUACCCAUAAAGUCAGUUCAUUAGGAUGAGCCUCCAGGAAAGAAGGACUUCUUUAUUUUCCCAGAACAAUCAAUUGCCUUUAGUUCCCAAUUCUAUCAUGCAAGCAGUAGUGAAAUUUCUUUCUUUAACAGUCAAGCCGAAUCACGGAAUUUCAGGGUUUGGAAGAAACCCCUAGGGAUCAUUAAGUCCAACUCCCCAGAUAGAACAGAUUCCCUACAGUAGGUCACACAGGUUGGCUUCCAAAGGGAUCUGUAAUGUUUCCAAAGAAGACACCACAACCUGUCUGCACAGCCUGCUUCAUUCUCACUGUGAAGUUCUUCUGCAUAUUUGUGUGGAACUUUACCAUCUUUGUUGCCCAUCAUUGGACUCUUUCUAGGAGAUCGCUGUCUGUUUUGAACUGUUGAGCCCAGAACCGGACACGGUAGUUUAACUUAACACACCCUUCACCAGGGCAGAGUAGAGGGGAAGGAUCACCUACCUUGACCUGCUGGCCGUGUUCUUCUUACUGCACCUGAGCAAACCGUCAGCCUUCUUGGCCACAAGGGUACACUGCUGGCUCAUAGCUAACCUGUUGUCCACCAGGAUGCCCAGGUCCUUUUCUAAAGAUUUAUUCUCUAAAAUUCUUAAUGUGAUCCUAAUGCUUCCUUAUCAAUUCAGAUUAACAAAAGAAAGAAAACAAAAGAAACUUCAACAACAUCAGGAAAAUUGUACAGCUGCAGGACCAUACCAGGUUCAUCUAUUUGAGCUCAAGUUUGUAAUGCAUUACAGUUGAAAACAUAUUUGGUAAUGUCUAAACAUUCUUAUAAUUUCUGCUUCUGGGAAAUUUACUUUUGGUCAUCUUUUUUAAAUUGGAUUUUCUAGAGUUUAUAAUCAGCUUCUCCUAAUUGCUACAAAUGCCCAGCCAUUCUACGCUCACUGUGAAAUGUAGUCAGCUCAUACAUUUAUCUCUUCAUGUUAAAAUCUUGAAUUGACAAAACUGCUACUCAGCCUGCAAUACUGAUACCUAAUCCUUCAACUAUGAUCAGCUUCAGAGAUUUGGGGAAUUGUAAAAAGAAGAGUGAAAAUUAAUAUUCAUUUUGGAAUCUUUGCCCCUUUUGAAUAGCUGAGCAAUCCCAUGAAAUUACUGAAAUCCAGUGGCAUAAAAUGUCAAACUUUCAGUAUUUAUCUCCAUAUUUCUGUAUCUUUUGUUCCCAUGCUUUUAUUUCAUGAUCUUGGUAAACUCUUAUGUAAUGUGGAUCAUUUAACUACCAAGGGCUUCAUGACAUCAUCAGAUUCUUCCUAUCUUUUAUUCCAGAAAAAUAUGACUUUUAUGACUGAAGGACAGUUUUCAAAGUUUCCUUGUUGUUACAGUCUGGUACAGCUGCUUCCUGCAAUGGACUCAGCAGCAUCCUUUGUGCUCCUUUGUGCUUUAUCAGCUAUGUCUCAUUGGAAUCUACUCUUCCCCUUCAGAGAUCUCUUCAGGCCUAUUAAGAUAUCACUUCUUAUUCAUCCACAUAAUAUACUCCAAAUCAAUAAAAAUGUAAAAAGCUGACUUUCUCACUUUUCACAAGGUGUAUUCGCUAAAAAACAAAUCAGUAGAUCACCUUUUGUCAAAUAAAAUCACUUAGAGAUGUAAUAUGAGAUAAUUGCUGGGAACUGAUACUUGUUGUAUCUUCUGUGAAGGACGAGCUUGAUUCACUUAUUGUUAUUACAGGUCUUGACAGAUGAUGUUAGAAUCAUCUCAAUAAAUUCUUGCUUUGAUUCUUUCUUAUUUCUGAUUAAUAUAUGUUAUAAAUCAGAAGUGUAUUUUUCUCCAGACUGUGCUGCUCCUAGCAAUGUGUUUCAGCAACUGUACCCAGCAUGUUCACGAUUUUGUAGUGCAUGCAGAUUAUUUUUUUAACUGCAUAAGGGGAUUUAGCAUUGUUUUCCACAUGCUGAGCUGUUACUAGCCAUUUCCCCAUAAUCUGUGUCUAGUUUAUAAUUCAUUAACAAUCACAGUCUUUGCAGCUUAGUUUGUGAUUUCUUAACUUUCUGUUGCUUCUGUUACUUCUGUCUAUACUCUGCAAUACUUCCUAGCACUAUAUUAUAGCAAGAGGUAGCAAAAAUUACCCUGAAAAUUACAACAAAUACCAGCAUUCAGGAUGAAAGAAAGUAAAAGAAAGUAAGUCUGUAUCUUUUGCCAAGGAUGCCUUACAUGAUCUGCCUUAAGUUCCCCUGUUUCCAUGUUUGAUGAUACGCAAAUUCCAGCCUACCUCAAAAAUCCCUACUUCCUGCUUUAGCGCUCUUAAGAAUUACCCACUAGAACUCUUCUCUGGCAUUAGAAGAAAAUGAAACCCAGAGUACCUCAGAAAUGGAAAUGUGAGCGGACAGAUAUGAGUCCAGUGGGUCAGAAUUUGUCACUGCUAAGAACUGAGAUCUGCACCACAUUCACCUACCGUUCUUCCACAGCGAUUAGGGCUUCUAUACCUUCAGCAUGGUGCCAGCAAUGUUGGUUUGAAUUAUUAAAGUCUUAUGCUUUCACCAUUAUUUUCACUAUCCUUGUCUUCCCUGUCAUUUCAUUUACAUCGUCUCUUUUGUGUUGUUAUCUUUUUACCUGACAAUUUGAUUACCACUGGGAUGGUUCCUUUUGAGAGUGAAAGGAAACAUGCGGCCAUCAAACUGAUGUUUUAUUUUCUUCACUGCAUGUCCUCUAAAUUUUAUCUCUUUUUUAAAUUAUUUUUUUCUGUAUUUUUAUGGCAUGUCUGAAAUCUUUGUACAUUUUUUGCUAAAUUGCAUAUAAAUGAUCAUUUGUUUGUACCACUGUAUUGUAUUCUACUUUUCUAAGAAUAAAUAAAGUUUUUUGGGGAAAAUAAAUAAUGCAAACACUGGCAAAAUAAUGCAUUUUAAUGCCAUCUAGGAGUUUAGUUUCUAACUAACUUCAAAUAUAAAAGGUUGAAGAUUUUCAUUUAACUGGCAGUUUUAGUUCAGCAAAGUAGUGUUAGGAAUUGGUCAUUACAGAAUGCAAAAGUUUAACGUUACUUUAUGACAGAGUACAAGCUGGAAGCAUCAGAGAACAAAAAGAAGAGGGUAAAUAAAUUACCAUGUACUGAAAUUGAUGACAGUUGAAAGAGCUUUUUAACUAACUCAGUGUUAUCUUUUUAUGUGAGUGAAGAAACAAGAUUUUCUCCUUAGAGGCCCCUAAUGGUGAAGUAGAUAUUCUGUAAUAUCUGGUCGCAGGCAGUAUGCUCGUCUGGAAUCCAGUGCAAUCAAUAAUGUCUUGCUAUUGAUCACCAUAGAUCUAGGUCAAGGUUGCAGGGAAUUAGGAUUGACAUGUCACCCCAAUGAUCAAGGACAUUGGAUCCAGGCUUCUGAUACUUAAAGCAGUAUUCAUGCAUUCACUUGGUUCUAGCAUAUUUCCAUAGGUGCAAGAAAGGGAUUUUUGUGUUUGCUUUAAUUUUUCUUUCAGUCAUAUUAGAAAGCACUGCCAACAAGAUUCUUAGGGAUACGAUCCGGAUUUUCUCAGCAUAAACCUUAGGGGGGAAAAAAAAGGAAAAACUGAAGAGAAAGAAGUUUAAAAAAUGAAUAUUGCCAUGCAGAAAACUCAGAAACAACCUGUUUAAAGUUCCAGUUUGGUAAUGAACUUAGGUAUUUGCUUAUGUUGCAUUACAUGACCUAUCCUAGACAACUUCAGGGGUUACUCAUGUGCUUGGCAUGAGCUUAUGUAUUUUACUGAAUUGGAACCUUAAUGUGUCAGAUCCUUUUUAGAUCCUUCACACAAUGUUUACAAAGCUAAUGUUUGUAUAUUUUAUCUCAGCCUAUGGUGGUAUUUGAAAGUUGGCUUCUUGAGGGGAUGUUGAAUGUUCAGUAAUAACGAAGUCAGUAAAAGUUUAAAAUAAAAAAAAAACCAAAACA